CAAGUCUCUGACAAAUGUCAUCAUGCUCUGACUUAGCGAUGUCAUAUAUAGGAACCUGACCUAAGGAAGCAUCCUUGGUAUGUGUGUGCAGAGGUUGAGCUCAGAGGAUGCUCCCUGCAGGCAGAGCAGCUUAAACAGCACCACGAGGAACCUAGCCCUCAGGAAAGGCAGCAGCAUGGCCAGCGUCCUGUCCCGGCGCCUUGGGAAGCGGUCCCUCCUGGGAGCCCGGGUGUUGGGGCCCCCCGGGGCUGCCCCACCCUCAGAGCCUCAGACUGAGCUGCUGGAAGGGGCGGCUCCCCAGCACUUCCUCGCCUCCAAGGACACAUCCUGUCAGGAGCAGCCCAAGGAAAUCCUCAAGCCUCCUGGCACCUCAGGCCUCCAGCAAGUGGCCUUUCAGCCUGGGCAGAAGGUUUAUGUGUGGUAUGGGGGUCAGGAGAGCACAGGACUGGUGGAGCAGCAUAGUUGGGCGGAGGAUAAGGUGACUGUCUGGCUUUUGGAUCAGAAGUUACAAAUCUGCUGUAAAGCGGAGGAGGUGUGGCUGGCCGAGCUGCAGGGCCCUGUGCCCCAGGCACCUCCUCCUGAGCAGGGAACCCAGGCACCAGCCUACAGGCCUGUUUCCAGGAACAUCGAUGUCCCAAAGAGGAAGUCCGACGCAGUGGAAAUGGAUGAGAUGAUGGCGGCCAUGGUGCUGACGUCCCUGUCCUGCAGCCCCGUCGUGCAGAGCCCUCCUGGGGCCGAGGCCAACUUCUCUGCUUCACGAGCCGCCUGUGACCCGUGGAAGGAGAGCGGGGACGUGUCUGACAGCGGCAGCAGCACCACCAGCGGGCACUGGAGCGCCGGCAGUGGCCUCUCCACUCCCUCGCCCCCCCAUCCUCAGGCCAGCCCCAAGUAUUUGGGGGAUGCCUUCGGUUCUCCCCAGACUGAUAAUGGAUUUGAGACCGACCCGGAUGCUUUCCUGUUGGAUGAACCGGCUCCACGCAAAAGAAAGAACUCUGUGAAGGUGAUGUACAAGUGCCUGUGGCCAAACUGUGGCAAAGUUCUGCGCUCAAUUGUGGGCAUCAAACGACACGUCAAAGCCCUCCACCUGGGGGACACUGUAGACUCGGACCAGUUCAAGCGGGAGGAGGAUUUCUACUACACGGAGGUGCAGAUGAAGGAGGAAGCUGCUGCUGCCGGCGUGCCUACAGCUGACCCAGCUCCCGCCCCCGGCAUGACCAGCCCGCCCCUUGCUCUCCUUCCGCCUCCUCCUCCCAAAACCCAGUCCUCAGGCCCAGAACACCCUGGCCUGGAGUCUUACCUGCCUUCGGGUGCAGCUCUCAGCAAGUCAGCUCCUGGCUCCUUCUGGCACAUUCAGGCCGACCAUGCGUACCAGGCCCUGCCGUCCUUCCAGAUCCCCGUGUCGCCACACAUCUACACCAGUAUUAGCUGGGCUGCCGCCCCCUCCACGGCCUCCUCCCUCUCCCCGGUCCGGAGCCGCUCGUUAAGCUUCAGCGAGCCGCAGCAGCCGCCGCCCGCAGGGAAAUCUCACCUGAUGGUUACUUCCCCGCCUCGGGCCCAGAGCGGUGCCAGGAAAGCCCGCGGGGAGGCUAAGAAGUGCCGGAAGGUGUACGGCAUCGAGCACCGGGACCAGUGGUGCACGGCCUGCCGCUGGAAGAAGGCCUGUCAGCGCUUCCUGGACUGAACCUGUCCCGCCGGCCCGUCCUCUUCGCGCCCCGCCCUGCAGCCAGAUGACAAGACAGCCGCGGCACAAGCCCUCCGCAGAAACCUAAAAGAUAAAGAGUGGACAUUGGCAGUUUGGGCUCUGUUGGCUAACGUUCAAUAGUUAAAGCAUUUCCCCCUCCCUUUUGGGGAACAUUUUAGUUCUUAAAAGAAGAAAGGAAAAUACUCCCCCCCACCCCCGAAAAAUAGGAGAGAGCCAAAACUGACCAAGGGUAUUCUGCAGUGAACCAGAGACCAAAGAAUUAACUACCCUCCCUUUCCCACGUCUCUCUCUAGGGGAUUAGUUUGCAUGUAUCAAAAGACGGAACAGCUCGUUCUGUUUCCUGCUGAGUUGGUGAAUUCUUUGCUUUCUCAACUCUUCCAGAAGGGACUGUGAGCAAGAUGAAUUUACUUAAAAAAAAAAAAAAAGUUUCUGGCUGAUGAGUCCGAGAGCAGGACCUGCCUUGGGUAGGGUGGGAAGAGUGGGGGGGAUCUGUGCACUUUUUAAGGUGCAGCCGGCCCCUCUUCUCCACCCGAAUCCAGGAGAAGGGAGAGCCUGUUCUCACCGUGCAGCUUCUGUGGAAGUAAAAGGAAAGCCCUUUCUUGAUGACAACGAUUUGUACCUGGGGUCCCUCAGCUGUUGGGUUGCAUCCCAACAAAUAUUGUAUGGCUUCUUCUCAAAGCCCAGACUAGUAGGUUUUUAAAGACUGUCCCCAAAUAGCUGAGCCAAAAGGCUAUAUGAAUUCACUUUUUGAAAAUGUGGCAGUUAAACACUACCUUGACCAUUUCCCCCUCUUUCUUUGAGGAAAAGCUGGAGGGUUUUAGUCUCUGUGGAAGCCCUCUGCUGUUACCUGAGUAAAUAAACUCCCUCUUGAUGUUCCUCCCUCCAGUUAUGGACAUGACACCUCUAAAACACUUUGUGUUCUUUCCCCGUGUUUUCAGAGAAGCCUUUUAUGGAAGUUCCCUUCCACUUGGGUGAGAGCCCCCCCUCGGCGCGCCCUGCGCAGGUCCCUCUGUCUCUAGUUUUACCAGUCCCUUUCCCUCCUGAGGCUGCAGUUAGGGCUGGUGCGGGGGAACCGGGGAGAGAGAGGCAAGAAGAGAUAGAAAGGUAAGUGGGAGCUUGUCCCUGUGAUGGAGAUGGAGUUGGCAGGUUCCCCAUUGUUCUGUUGGCUCUGAGGGUCCCGGGAGAAUCCGGUCUUCCUACUGAGGUGACCGGUAAGACAGGACUCUUCCAUCAGUGUCAGUGGCCUCUGGGUUUUUAUCCGUGUCAGUCUGGUCCCCGUGAUGGGAAGGUCAGUUUGAUGCUGAGGAACCUUCUCAGGGAUCUGCUGAGCAGCGUUUCCGGCCUGCAGGCAGCCGGGGGCGGGGGAGGGGGGGGGCGGGGUGCGGUGUAAGAGAGCCAUGAGGAGCUCCUGUGAGGAGGGGUCAGAUCAGCAGCUCCUGGCACUUCAGCCCUUGUUGUUUCUGGAGCCCUCAGGGAUCAAGGGGGGCCGGGAGUGGGGAUUGAGUUGCUCGGGAAGGAAAUCAGCAAAGUUAUUCUGGCUGAUGAGAAGGGAGAUGUGGGUGGGUUGUUUAGUGCCCUGCCCAUCUGUGCUGAAUUGAGACCAGGCCAGCUGAGCCCUCAGGGGAGGGCACAUCUUGUUUUGGAGCUGCCCUUCAUUUUAAGACUUGUUUGGGAGUUCCUCAGGCCUGCAGGAGCAUGGCCGAGUGUCCACCUGGGCACCAGCGCUGCGCCUACAUCCCAGAGGUCGGGGGCUCAGGAAUCCCACCAAGCCCCCUACCCUGGGGCUGGGCAGCAGCGUCCACCCCCUGGCUGUCACUGAGGCCGCCCUCUUAUUCCCAGGUGGAAAUGCCGGGCUCUCGAGGCUCCUUUGGCCACUUUGUGUGGGAAUUGUGCAGGUGCUUGUCAAUCUAUGACACCCUGAGUGUAAGAAAACCCACCAGCCUUAGAUGUGUGUGACGGGUGAUCGUGCCCUGGUUUGGUGACGGAGGGAAGGUGGUGAUGGGGUGUAUUUUUAUAACUUAGUUAAAAAAAAAAUACGUGGGAUCUGUCCCUAAAGCCCAAAACCAGGCCAGCAAGAGGUGGCCCAGGGUUCUCCUUCCGCUCCCUUCCACCUCCGCGAGCAUUAAAAGCUGACAGCAGGUUGUUGCUUCCCUUAUUGUCCAUCUUCAGAUCUUAUUGGGGGAGGGGAGGGAGCUUUUGAGAUGGGAGGACUCUGCCUAGCAGCGUCUUCCGCUCCCUUCUUAAUCACAGCUCUUGCUGAAUCUCUAGAAAAGCCGUUUUCAUUUUCCCCCUCAGUUUGUACCAUGGAGCUCUAACUGGCUAUAAAGAUUUCCUCUAAGUGAGGUAGGCUUCUCCUGUCAUUGGUACCCAGGGCAGCAAAGGAAGAGAGAAAGAAGAAGUGGAUGAAACAGUUUAAAAACUGAGGGUUUUUUUUUUUUUAAUGUUUUUAAUGUUUUAUUUUGGCGCAGCUUUCCCUCUAUCUGCUCCUCGCUCCUUUUUGGUGGUGGUGGCCGCCUCUGGCCUCCGCCCUCCCGCUCCUUCAUCUUGUGGCCGUUGUGUUGGUCCUUGACACGUGGUCUGUCCUUGGGGUUGCCCCAGUUGUUUCUUUUUGGAGGGUGGGGGUGCCUUGUGAACUGAUCAGCGAUUUUGCCUGUUUUCUUCAUCUCCGUGUCUCUCCCUACUUCCCAGCCCACCUGGGCAGCAGAAUCCGACAGGAGGGAAGGUGCCCCACAGGUGAGCAUUUGAAACUAACAGGACUGAUUUUCAAAAGAAGUGGUUUGGGGAAACCGUUUAUUCCAGGGAUGUUACCCCUAUUCAAAGUAUUUCUUGGAAUGACCUUUGGAGUCUGUGGUGCCUGCUUUGGACAGCUGAACCCAUGCUCAUUCAGUGCAGAGACCGGUGAGUGAUGUCUCUGGUCAAGUGAGAUCACAGGGGCAAAGCUCAUGGACUGACUAGCGAGGAAAAUAGCUUGGAUUGAAUUAUGUGGCUUUUAAGCUGGCUGUGAAAGCAAUUUUGUAAUUUCAGAGAGUGUCUUGUGCGAUAUCCACAUUGUGGUAGUAAGCCUAUAGCUUGACUCCUUGGAGGACAUUAUUAAUUUGGAUGUGGAAAACUUUCAUUUGCUGGAAGAAAUCUGUCCUGUUACUUUCUGGGCCUCCCAGGUUCUGACCUUACCAGGCCCCCCCCCCCGCCCCCCCAAAAAAGGAGAAGAGGGAGAUAAAUCCCAUCUGUGAAUUUGUCUUAUUGGCGCCUUUUCCCCCAGCUGUCUUCCAAGUAUUAUUUUUACUGUUAAGAAAAUUUUUUUAAAAAUGUGAAAUGUAAUGUUUUUACAGCAACAAUAUGAAAUAUAUUUUAUAAGGAAUAAAAUGGUACA